AUGCCAACGAAGCUAUAUAUCGGAAACGUUCCUCAGGCGAUUAAUCCAACGGAAUUAAAAGAAUUAUUCGAGAAAUAUGGAAAAGUUCUUGAAUGUGACAUCAUUAAAGAUUAUGCUUUUCAUAUGGAAGAUUCCAGUAAAGCCAAGGCAUCAAUCGCUGCUUUGAAUGAUUUUAAUUUGAAAGGAAAUCGUAUUAGAGUUGAAUUAUCAACAACGCAACUUCGCAAUGGAAGUCGUUCAUCACGUCGCGAAGAUUCACCACGUCGACACUCAAGUUCCACGUCUUCGCGAUCAUCUCGACGAGAGUACCCGACGACGUCAUCAAGUCGAAGUGGCGGUUAUUCUAGCGGCGGCGGCGGUGGACCAGAUCGAUCGUAUCCGAGUAUGCGUAGUAGUUACAUGGAUGCAAGAUCUCGUCCGUAUGAUUCCCCAUUCGAACGUCAACGAAUGCCACCACCUCCACCUCCAAUGAGCUAUGGCGAUCCGUACAGUAUGCGUAACGGUCCUGUCGAUAUGUACGGUCGUGAUGAUCCAUAUCAACAUCGCGGAGCACCUAUGUCGAUGAGUGAUCAUUAUGGGCGAGGACCAUCAAUGCGGUCAAGUUACGAUGCUUAUCCUGCGUAUUCAUCUGGUUCGAGUUCGAUGGGAUCGUCAAGAAGUCGAUAUGCAUCGUCGCCGCCGCCGUCGUCGUCACGUAAUGGAUCCGACCGUUAUGAAUCAUCAUCUCGAUCAUCAUCUUCUCGACGAACGUCCAGACGAUCACCGCCGCCGCCGUCAUCUUCGAGUUCGUCACGAUCACGUCGAUAG